AUGAUUCACCUUCUUUUUAGUUGGACGAAUAUACUUUGGGGAGGCAUUCUUGCCGCGGCUCUUCUCGGGGCAAAGAAGUACACUGGGAUGACGAGGAGCGAGCAGGAAGAGUUCGAGAAGUCGCUGGGUAAACUCCGAGGUGUUCACACCCCAACCAUCAUCGUGGGUGUCUGGCUGGCGCUACGAUGCCUGCACGCGCUGGGUCUGCUGCUUGUAUUGGAGCUGCUGCUCGUGCUUGGUGUGGUGUGCUACCUCCACCGGACCGAGUCCCGGCGGGCCGCCAUGAGGGUUCAUCAGGCCCACUGGAUGCUGCAAAACACGGAAAGUUUGAAGGAUAUUUUGGGCGCUGACCUACCAGAGUGGUUGAAGUACCCGAACGUGAGUCGGGUGCAGUGGCUCAACACAUUGAUAACUGGUAUGUGGACUUCAAUUGCCUCCGCGACGCAGACGUCUAUUCGUCAAGCUCUGGUGCCGCUACUAGAGGCGAAUAAACCCUCCUUCAUAUCUGGGCUCGUCCUCAAGGAGUUGUCUCUAGGCGCGAAUCCCAUCGUUGUUCAUGGAAUUCAGCAUUACCCGAGCGAUGGCAAUGCCUCCGUAGUUGACGUGACACUUUCCUGGGACAGUGACAUGGAUGUACACCUGCACGUAAAAAUACCAGGACCCGAUAUGCAUAUUUAUAUCCGACGAUUUGAACUAAACAUGCAGGUUCGUUGUGUACUCUCGCCUCACAUUCCCCAAUGGCCCUGUUUUGGGCGCUAUCCAUCUCAAUCAUGA